AUGUCCACCCGUAGAAGCACACACGAAAUAGGGAAAGCGUUCGAACUUCACGCGCUCAGAUUUUGUAACCGUCAUCUAGGUAUGUCCCUCCGUGCCGUUGGUGGGGCAGGGGAUGGUGGUGUAGAUUUGAGAGGAUGGUGGUAUCUUCCUUCAUUCAACAUAUCGCCGGCUCUUGUCAAACUCGCCCAAAACGAAGAAAUAAGUUCCCAUCUGACUCACCCUGAAAAAGUUACGUCUGCUUUCGAACCCACCUCCUCGGAUAGGAUGAGAAGAUUAAGAGUGGUAGCACAAUGUAAAGCCGAACGCAAGGUAGUGGGACCUAGAGCUGUGAGGGAGUUGGAAGGUGUUAUGGCUCAUCUUCGAGCAGGAUACGACAACACGGAGAAUGAAUUAAAGACAAAUACCAUGGCUAUACUUCUGUCACAAUCUGGUUUCACUCCUGCGGCUAUGCAACAUGCCAUUAGAUCAGGAGCACCUAUGAUGCUUGUACAUCUUCCGGGAGGGCAGCCCAUAUCUCUGACCCCACAUCUUACCACGUCAGACGAUAGAGAGAUAAAACUCUCCAACUCUUCGCCUUCGCCGGCUGGAACGAAAGGAGCUUGGUGGAAUCCUGCCUUAGGAGGUAAAGGGGGAUUACUAGGAGGAAAGAUGGAAUUGCGUAGGGAAAUACUUACCACCAGUGGAGUGAAUACUUUGACGGGGGAAGCUAAAAUUCGGACCAGAUUGGGAGUGUAUCAUCUUGGAAAUAGAUUAAACUUGUUCAAUCCAUACACUUGA